CUGCCUGCCGUGAAUGCCUGGCAAUAUGGAUGAGAGCCGCCCAUCGCAGAACGGACUGACUCAGCCCCACGUUCAUUACUCAUUCUUGAAAACCGCCUCCGAAGGCCUGUCGCUGAGCAAGGAGGAUUUCUGUUCAAGCCCCCACGACUCCUUGGAGUCUGAUUCUGAAAGCCUCGCUCAAGAAAAGCAGUAUCAGUUGGAACUUCAGCAGCGGAUUGAGGAUGGCGAAGAGCUGCUGAACCAGUCUUACUAUGAACUGGAGGAAGACAGCCUGGAGGAAAAUCCCUUGAGUGAACCUGAAGAGUCAGACGUGGAAGAAACUCAAAUUUCCACUGGAAGUAACUGCAGAAAUGAAGACUGUAGUAAUACUUCAAGGCUGAGAACAGACGGGCAUUCUGGGGCGGCUUGGAGGCAUCCCGAAUCGGGACGGCUCAAAAAGAGCUGUCCCAACGCCUCCACACACUCACCUGCAUGUCGCCCCCAUCUCGUUGUGCGGCAGCAGGGCGCCUCUGCACGGGAAGACGCCCUAGCAGCCAGAUUCCUUUUUUUCCCCCUCGGCAGCAAGCGCUCAUGCGCACAAGUGCUCCAGCGCUCCGAAUGCAAGGAGGAAAUCACAGACAGGUACUCUGGGCUGCGGUACAAUCCCAACUGGAAAAAUGAGAGAGACGGCAUCAUCGUGGAAAGAAAGGAAUCAUACCGGGAGGAUGCCCAAGGCUCACCAUUCCCUUCUCUCAGUCUGACCGGGAGACCUUCCCAAGACAGGCUUACGGCUGUGGAGCAUCAUCUCGAAGAAGGACAGCAAGAGAUCCCGUCUGUGUCUGGCAGGAAGUCGCUGAACUCUUGUGCACAACUGGCAAGCGUUAGUGAUGAAUCUUAUCUAUCACUUAAAAACUGGGAGCAAGAAGGGGAGGCCGCGGCUGCCUGCCGGUACAACAGCAGUUCCAGUAUAUAUAGCAGUGGCUCUUCCGCCCAGACGAAAGACUUUAUGCAACAGAGAUCCAAAAAAGACUUUAUAGGAAAGAACAAGGUCACUCUGGGAUUAGCAACCCGAAAGAACAGCUCCUACCUUCAGCUCUACAGCAAAAAGCAAAGGGAAGGCUGUCCACGACAGGCUCACCAAAGCAAAGAGCCUGUGACGAGAAGAAUAGACCCAAGCCAAGGGACACCCUUGAAGGAAAGCUCCAUCCAGUAUCCUGUGGGAGUUCAAGUAGAACUAAGAGGCCAGCAUGGUGGACAUCACAAUGAGUUAGAAUUUGAGAACACUCCAACAAAUUCCAACUGUUCCAGAGACGUUCCAAAUUUGGAGCAGGACAGCAGAAGUUUGUUACAUUGCAGGUUACACCCAAAUCCACCUGUCGCUCUUCUCUGGCCUUCUGCUGCCACAGGGACUCAGGACAUCCAGUUCCAUGCAAGUCCAGUUUACUUGGUUCACCAAGAUGGCAAGGAGGCUUCCAUGAACUUGACUUUUGCUAGGAAUCCUCUUCUGCCGAGUUCAUACCCAAACUUUCCUGUGUUUCCUUUGCCAUGUGCUGGUGAAAACAACCAGAAAGUCCAGCAGUGUACUGAAAACUCUUCUGGGUACCAGCAGCAGCACUCUCCCCGUAGGUGCGCCUUUUCAGAGCCCUGUUCCCUCCCUGGACAUGGCAAGCAUCGGAACCGUUUAGGGGACAAAAAAAAUUCAUCAGCUUGCGAUCCCGGACUCUGGCUGCCAGGAAACAAAGGACUUUCAUCUUGGGAUUCCAGAAAUAUUGAUAGCAAGGACAUCUGUAGCCGCUAUGUUUCUGGCAACCCAGGGCCACCCCAGCCGCUUGCCCACCACCACCUGAUAGGAGCUCCGUCUCCGACCGAGUGGCUCAUCCAGGCAGCUGAGAGGCACCACCAAGAGAUCUCUCAGCUGGCCGAUGACCAUCUGGCCAGCAUGCUCCCGCCCGUGAUGCAGAGGGGGGAGAGCGACUCGCAUCUGAAUUUGGAGAGCAGCAGAGAGAGCCAGGCCGCCCUGAGCCGCAGCAAUUCCGAAGGCUACCUGCUUCAGAGGGAAAAGCAAAACGAGAGGAAGGAGAAAGAGAACAGGAAGGUUUCUAGGAUGAAAGGCUACAUAAAGAUGGACGUGAAGCUCGGGGGCCUCGGACCUGACUAUGAGACGAUCAAAGAGAAAGCGGAGAAGAUCAAGCAGCAAAAGGAAUAUGCCAAGCAGAUUAAGGAGCACAACCUGAAGAACAUUAUCAGUGCCAGGAAACCACCGUCCAGGCUUGAGAACAAGUUAGUGGUGUCCAGGCAGAAGGCCCUGGAAUACGCCAAGAGUAUCCCUAAGCCGAAAAUCGUCCUGGCAAAACCGUCAGAGCAAGAUUCCAAAGAUGAGAAAGUCCUGGCCCGUACUUUAAACGGUGAGAGUUUGCCUCCCAUUUCGUCUCUGGAGUCUCUGCAGAACAGGCACGAAAGAGAAAAGCAGGUCGUGGCCGCGUUCAAAACCUUCCAUAUUGUAUGAGCAGCUGAACGGCUGGCCGAUUAGAGUCUUUGCCGGCC